ACUGGUGAAGGAACAUGUGUUCUAUGUUUGAUGGAAGAGAUUCAAAAAGGGCUUUGACAUUUUUGUCAGGAGAACUAGAAUUGGGGUUGAUGCAGGUAAUGUGGAUGUCUUGGUGGAGAUGAACCAAUCUCUUGCAGAAUUGAAGGAUUGAGCAUUGAUGGCUGUAUACAGGAACUGUAACGAUGGCUAUGUGUGUUGUGGCCUCAUGAAUUUAAUGUGUAAUUUGAUCACUUGAUAUGGACUUGGAUUAAAGCUAGAAGAAGUUGGUGAAUUUAUAGAGGUGAAAGAGUUUUUCUCUGUCUCUUGGUUUGAAACCUCUUUCUGAAAACAGAAACUGAUGGGCUAGUAGAUUGUACUGUAAGGUCAUCAUAAACUGUAUCUUCUAACUUAAAUUUCAAGGUUUUGUUACUGUUCACCAGGUGCCAUUUUUUUUUUGUUACAACUGAGGUUUCUUUUUGGGCCUGGCUCUUUCAUGGGUUGCGUUAGGAUACAUGGAUACUAUCUUUUCAAGUAGGGUUAGCAGCUGUACUACUCUAGAAACCAGAUUUCAUUUUGAUCAGAAAAAAAAAAACAGAUUUCAUCUUCGCGUGAAUCCCCUCCCCCGACAUCCCAUCGGCCAGCUGUUGCCGUGCUAGUGCAUUGAAGGACGAUCCUUUAGGAGCUGGUCUACUAUCUAUGCUCAGGCAGCUCUUCCCCUAAUCAAUGGUACUUCCCCCUCAACAAUCUUCUACUCAUUUUCUCUGUUGCCUUAUAGUCUGUUAGGCUAUCAACUAUUAGCUAUAAUCCAUUUUCGUAGUCAUUUACAGUUGUAAUUUGGCUGGCCACAGCUUGCACUUCGCGUCUAUAAAUAUAACCGCUCACACUUUGAUCAGUUCAUACGUUCAUCAGUUCAUUUUUUUUAUUUGUUUCUGUUGUGUGUAUUGUGUGGUUUUGAGUCUACUGUAUUGAUCUCAAUGGGAGCAUAGUUGGUGUGAUAGCCCGCAUUGAAUGAAGGCAAAGCAAAAUCAUUGCUAUGGUCCUCUGGAACUGCAAGAGGUAGUAAUAGCAGCAACUUAGAGAAUGAGAAACCGCUCUUAGUCCCUGGUUUGCACAAUCUCCGCAACAAUUGCUUCCUCAACGUUGUUUUGCAGGUUGUCUGUCAAAGGAAGGCGCUCUACUAGCUAUUAGAGAGUUGCAGGUUGUCCAAAAGCUUCAUCAUUUUCUUCAUAUCACAAAAGAGAGAUACUACAUGGACCAUAUGAGGUGUUUUGGUCUCUUCCACCUGGUGUGAACAUGGAUAAUAUAUCAGCUGAAUUUUCGAAAGGAGAACUGGAGGGGAAAAGCUAUCUAAUUAAGUAGUUGUUGUCAAGUGUCUUUAGGAAGAGAAGGUGAAGCAAAGCCUAAAUUGAUAAAUGAUGCAUGUACUUGGAAGGACGAUGUCUUUAAGUCCUCACGCACAUGUCAAAUGUUGAUUAUCAAGUCCAUGGCAAUUCAUCUAUCUCCCACAAAUUCUCUUUGUUGAAUCAACCACACUCUUUCACAGCUGCUCGCUGCCAAUAGUAUGGACUCACCGUUCACUGAUGUUACUAAUCGCUUGGAUUUCUCAUCUGGCCGGCUAUCUAACAGGAAACCAGCCAAAAGAGUUCGGAAAUCUGUUUCUGUAGCAACAUCCAAAACAAAACGAUCCUGUAGAAGAUCUGAUUUUAUGGUUCCUGGUGACCUAACUGCUCAGAGCUCAAUUCAUAACCCCACUCAACAGAUCCCAACUAUUCCAUUAGAUGUUACUACUCGCUUGGAUAUCCCAUCUGGUCCUGUGACGUACAAGGAACCAGCGAGGAGAGUUGGUAAAACUGACACUGCAGUCACAUCUAAAACAAGACGAUCUCGUAGAAGAGCUGAUUUUACGGUUUCUGGGGAGCUAAAUGCUCAGAGCUCGAUUCAUAACCCCACUCAACAUAUGCCAACUAUCCCUUCAGAAUACGCAGAUUUCGGUGAAAUCAAUUGUUGUUGUCAACAUUGCGGUGCCCAAUUUUGGUUUGCAGAAAGGGCUGAAAAAUCAACUAACGCUACUCAUCCUAAGUUCCCUGUGUGUUGUAUCAAUGGGAAAAUUUCGCUACCAUUCUUUCAGCAACCUCCUGAGUUAUUAUCAAAUUUAUUCUCAGGCAAUGACCCUAGGAGCCGGAAUUUCUUGGAUCAUAUACGGACCUACAAUAGUAUGUUUGCUUUUACGUCCCUUGGGGGUAAAGUUGAUGGCAAUAUGAAUAAUGGAGGGGGGCCACCUCAAUUUGUUAUUAGUAGUCAAAACUAUCAUCGUAUAGGUAGUUUGCUUCCUAAUGAGGGUGAUGUGCCAAAGUUUGCUCAACUAUACAUAUAUGACACACAAAAUGAGGUUGCUAAUAGAAUGACUCACUUCGGUAGAUCAUCAAUCGUGUUGUUGUAUACCACAAGGAAGUCAAAAGGCCGAAUUGCUACAGGCUGCAAGUCUGAUAAUUUGGGAUGAGGCACCCAUGGUUACUAAGUAUGCAUUUGAGGCACUUGAUAGAACCUUGAGAGAUAUAAUGAGAGAUAAGGUUAAGGACAACAUGGACAAACCGUUUGGUGGAAAGACAAUAGUUUUGGGUGGUGAUUUUAGACAGAUAUUGCCUGUCAUUCCCAAGGGUAGUAGAGCUGAUAUUGUGAUGGCCACUGUAAACUCAUCUAGGUUGUGGAGGCAUUGUAAAGUUCUAACCUUAACUGAAAAUAUGCGGUUACUUUCGAACUCUUCGCCUGAAGAGAGAGCUGAAGUGAAAUCUUUUGCUAAUUGGGUUCUUGAUCUUGGCGAUGGCAAAUUAGGAGAGUUUAAUGAUGGUGAAAGUGAUAUUAUAAUCCCCGAUGAGCUAUUAAUCGAGCAAUCGUCAGACCCAAUUGCUGAUAUUGUGAGAUUCACGUACAACAAUAUCGUUGAAGACACUGUAGGUGCUGAGUUUUACAAAGACAAAGCAAUUCUUGCCCCGACACUUGAUGAAGUUGAUUCCAUAAAUCAAUAUGUGUUGUCAUUAUUUAAUGGUCAGGAAAAGACAUACAUGAGUUCUGACUCAAUUUGGAAGGCGGAUGAACAAGUUGGAAUAACAGCUGACUGGAUCACGACAGAAUUCUUAAAUGGCAUCAAAUCUUCUGGUAUCCCUGACCAUAAGUUGGUGCUUAAAGAGGGCGCCCCAAUCAUGUUGAUGUGCAAUCUUGACAUUUCUUCGGGUUUGUGCAACGACACGAGGUUAAUUGUGGAAGAUCUUUGCCCGAAUGUUAUUGGUGCAAUUGUCAUUACUGGUACGCACACAGGUCAUAAGGUUUUUAUAUCACGAAUGGACUUAAUUCCGUCUGAUCCGAACUUGCCAAUUAAGUUCAUGAGGCGUCAAUUUCCUUUAUGCUUAUCAUUUGCAAUGACCAUUAACAAGAGUCAAGGGCAAAGUUUAUCUCAUGUGGGUGUAUAUUUGCCGAAGCCUGUUUUUACACAUGGUCAGCUAUAUGUUGUUGUUUCUAGGGUGAAGUCAAAGGCUGGGCUAAAGAUUCUAAUCGGUGGCGAUAGUACUAGCACACCCGGUGCCACUAAGAACAUUGUCUAUAAAGAGGUGUUCCAAAAAAUUUAUAAAUAGGAAUGCUGGUUAAUAAUUAUGUAUCUUUAUAAGACCUGUACUCUAUCAUAUUAAGCACGUACCCGUUUAGACCAUGUAUUCAUUUUUGGAUCCAGUACAUAUAUUGAUAGAGCAAGAUUAGCAUGUUUUUAGUAUGAGUAUUGCUGGGAGAGCAUGUUCUAUUUCACUGAUCAGCUGAGAUUUUUCAAGCUGCAACCGCCUGAUACAUUUAAAGUCGUAGUUGUUCGUCACCCUUGAGUGUGUUUCGUUUAUAAUAAUUUAUGUUUGCUUGUAAUCUUCCAUCACUGCUGAAGCUCUUACAAUUAGGUGGAGAAUUUGCU